CCACUUAUCCUUUUAUCCCUGCCAAACGACCCCUAAAAGCCAGUAAAUAACAGAACCUCAACACAAAAUCAAGAUUCAUCAUCAUACACUUUGACGGGGAAGAUGUUUAACUGAAUUAUAUAUUAUAUAUAGAAAAUGGGUUUGAAAAUUGGAGGGAGAAUUGAAAAAGUGAACGGAAGACAACUAACUUACAAUGAUUUCGCAGAGAAAUACAUGGCCCAAAACCAACCUGUUGUUCUUAAAGGACUUAUGGACGAUUGGAGGGCUUGCAAGGAUUGGGUUUCACCUACUGGAAAACCCAAUCUUCACUUUUUCUCCACCCAUUUUGGCAAAUCUAAAGUUCAGGUUGCGGAUUGUGGGACGAGAGAGUUUACUGAUCAGAAGAGAAUAGAAAUGACUGUUGCUGAAUUCGUUGAUCACUGGCUUCGUGUUUCUGCUGCUGAUAAGGGCAAUGACAGUAAUGGCGGUGCUGCUGUUGGGUGUUUAUUGUAUUUGAAAGACUGGCAUUUUGUAAAGGAAUAUCCAGAGUAUAAUGCAUACAGAACUCCCAUGGACUUUUCUGAUGACUGGCUGAAUUUCUAUCUUGACAAAUUUCGUAUGCAUAAUGAUCCUGAUACUUAUAGUGAGAGAAAUGAAAUAAGUUGCUCUGACUAUCGUUUUGUAUACAUGGGAUCAAAAGGAACAUGGACACCUCUUCAUGCUGAUGUAUUCAGGUCAUACAGUUGGUCUGCAAAUGUCUGUGGAAAAAAGCAGUGGUAUUUUCUGUCUCCAAGCCAACAUCGCUUGGUUUUUGACAGGAAUAUGAAAAGUUCCGUAUAUAACAUCUUCGCAGAUGUUUCCCAAUCAAAAUUUCCUGAAUUUGAAAAGUCUAUCUGGUGGGAAUGCACCCAAGAGGAAAACGAAGUAAUUUUUGUGCCCAGUGGAUGGUAUCAUCAAGUUCAUAAUCUGGAGGAUACUAUAUCCAUAAAUCAUAACUGGUUCAAUGGAUAUAAUUUAUCUUGGGUGUGGGAUUUGCUUUUGAAAGAUUACAAUGAGGCUAGUGAAUACAUAGAAGACCUCCAGGGAUGUGAAGACUUUGAGGAGCUUUGCCAGCGAAAUCUUGCCGCUAAUACAGGCAUGAAUUUCUACGACUUCUUCAUCUUCAUUGUGCGCUUCACCUUUGCAAAUGUUGUCCUACUGCAUACACUUUCCCAUGGAAAGAAGGAAACAAGUCAAGAACCAUCAGAAUCGAUGCAGCAUAUACAUUUUAACCUCGAAGCAAUAAGAAGUAUCGCUGUGAAAAUGAAACCCAUAAAUGCAGGGGACAGACGAGGUGUUUUACACGACUUGAGGAAAAACUUGGAGGAUCACUCGUUUAUAGAGCUCUGUGCUGCUGUUGGGAAAACAUAUGCACUGAUGCACGACCAAGAUGAGAUGACUCCCGCAUUAUUGCAAUGUACAGACUCGUUGUUUACUAGUUUGGUUAGAUCUCAAGUUCAGAGUUCUGAAGACCUAGUUGCCUUUAUUGAUGAUGCUUUAACUAUAUAUUAGGUGUUGCUUUUUCUCAUUAGAAAUGUCUGUAUACAUGUAUGAAAAUGUGAAGCUCAUGUUCUUUGCAUAUCGAUGGAGGACAACAUGCUGAUUCUGAAGGAAUACAUCAGGUCUAUUAUCGCCCUCUCUUACAUGUUAACGUUUCUCCAAGAUGGCACUACGCCUUUCUUAAAUUAAGUGAGUAUUUUUGUUCCAUGUAAUUUGCUAAGUACUAUCUUCUAUGAUGAUUCAACUACUUUUUAUUUUUCUUGAA